AUGUUUGGGAUUCAAGAUACUUUAGGAAGAGGACCAGCUCUGAAAGAGAAAUCACUGGGCGCCGAGAUGGAUUCGGUCAGGUCCUGGGUCCGGAAUGUCGGCGUGGUGGAUGCCAAUGUCGCGGCGCAGAGCGGGGUCGCCCUGUCUCGGGCCCACUUUGAGAAGCAGCCACCCUCCAACUUGAGGAAAUCGAACUUCUUUCACUUCGUGCUGGCGCUCUACGACAGGCAGGGCCAGCCAGUGGAGAUCGAGCGCACCGCUUUCGUGGACUUUGUGGAGAACGACAAAGAACAAGGCAACGAGAAGACCAACAACGGCACCCACUACAAGUUACAGCUUCUCUACAGCAAUGGCGUCCGCACGGAACAGGACCUUUACGUUAGGCUCAUCGACUCGGUCACCAAGCAGCCCAUAGCCUACGAGGGACAGAAUAAGAAUCCGGAAAUGUGCCGAGUGCUCCUUACGCACGAAGUGAUGUGCAGUCGAUGUUGUGAAAAGAAAAGUUGUGGAAACCGAAACGAGACUCCUUCAGACCCUGUCAUCAUUGACAGAUUCUUUUUAAAAUUUUUUCUCAAGUGCAAUCAGAAUUGUUUGAAAACAGCAGGGAACCCAAGGGACAUGAGACGGUUUCAGGUUGUGUUGUCAACAACAGUGAACGUGGAUGGACAUGUGUUGGCUGUUUCUGACAAUAUGUUUGUUCAUAACAACUCUAAGCAUGGACGGAGAGCAAGAAGACUUGAUCCUUCGGAAGCUACCCCCUGCAUCAAAGCCAUUAGCCCAAGCGAAGGCUGGACCACAGGAGGAGCUAUGGUCAUCAUCAUUGGGGAUAACUUCUUUGAUGGUCUCCAAGUGGUGUUUGGGACUAUGCUUGUGUGGAGUGAGCUAAUCACUCCUCAUGCCAUCAGAGUGCAGACUCCUCCUCGGCACAUCCCUGGAGUGGUGGAAGUGACAUUAUCUUAUAAAUCCAAACAGUUCUGCAAAGGAGCCCCUGGGAGGUUCAUUUACACAGCAUUAAAUGAACCCACCAUAGAUUAUGGUUUCCAGAGACUGCAGAAAGUCAUCCCAAGGCAUCCUGGAGAUCCUGAGAGAUUAGCUAAGGAAAUGCUGCUGAAAAGAGCUGCAGAUCUAGUAGAAGCCCUCUAUGGCACACCACACAACAACCAGGACAUUAUUUUGAAGCGAGCUGCAGACAUUGCUGAAGCCCUCUACAGUGUCCCCAGGAAUCCCAGCCAGAUCCCUGCUCUCUCCAGCUCUCCAGCUCACAGUGGAAUGAUGGGGAUCAAUUCUUAUGGCAGUCAGCUUGGGGUUAGCAUCUCAGAGUCAACCCAGGGAAAUAAUCAAGGAUACAUCCGCAACACAAGCAGCAUCUCUCCACGAGGAUACUCUUCCAGCUCCACACCUCAGCAGUCUAAUUACAGUACCUCCAGUAACAGUAUGAAUGGCUACAGCAAUGUCCCCAUGGCCAACCUGGGUGUUCCAGGAUCACCAGGAUUUCUCAACGGCUCACCCACAGGUUCCCCUUAUGGAAUCAUGUCAUCAAGCCCCACUGUUGGAUCUUCCAGCACGUCCUCCAUCCUACCAUUUUCCUCUUCAGUUUUUCCUGCUGUCAAACAGAAGAGUGCCUUUGCUCCUGUCAUCAGGCCCCAAGGCUCCCCUUCACCAGCCUGCUCCAGUGGCAAUGGAAAUGGAUUCAGAGCCAUGACAGGCCUUGUUGUACCACCGAUGUAAAGAGGAGGAAGAACUGCUUUCUUAUAGCACAAAACUACUUAUUCUGAUGGACCAAUACUGAGGAAAGCACUAUGAGCUCCUUGGGAGAGUCAUGCCCCCAAAUGAACAUAACGGACAGAUUUGGGUAUGCAAGGAGCCUGCAUCUUACUUGGCCUCACCUUUCUCCCGUAGCUGUGAUGGUGGCUACACAAACUGACCUUCUUGUGGACAAGGACAAAAGAUGUCAUUGACAUGGUCAGUGUGCUAAGAGCAGAAAUGCCAUUCUUUGUUAUGAACAUUAUGAAAACCACCUUCCUAUGUUUGUAAAAUAUUUAAGAAAAAAAUUGGCAAACAAUUCAUGCUUAAUAUUUUGGAUACUAUUUGUUUUUCUUUGUAGGAAAAAAAAGUUGAAAGUUUCUAUUUUCUAUGAAGCCUUUCAGAUACCAAUUUAGUUUAUGCAGAAAAAAAAUUGAACAAAACAGGGUACCAGCAUGGAAGACUUUCUUAAAAUCUGAAUUGAAUGAUGACAUGUCGUUGUGUGUAUUUGCUUAUAGUUUAAUCUCUUAAAAAAA